AUGACCAAGUUCCUCGCCCUCGCUACCCUCUCCGCGUUUGCCGCCGCCCGACCCGAAAUCUUCGGCGGCAUUGAAGUCCCCAAGGGCCAGUCCACGUACGUGGCGAGUCUCCGUGAGACCGAGGCCGGUCCAACCUUGUGCGGAGCGACCUUGAUUGCCCCCAAGGUACUCCUCACCGCCGCUUCCUGCGUCGACUUGUCGCCCUACUACGCGUCGAUCGGAUCGCACUUUUCGAGCGGUAACCAGGACGGCGAACGCAUCAAGAUCGUCAAAACAACUGUGCACCCGAUGUACAACAAAGACACGUCGGGCUACGACAUUGCCAUUCUUGAAUUGGAAACCGCAUCCAAAUUCACUCCCGUCGCCGUCAAUUUGAAAGAAGACGCUGCGACUGAUCCUGGCGCCGUGUCGUGGAUGCGUGGCUUCGGCAAAACUACGUCUUUCAAGAAGGACAACUCCCCCGUCCUCUUGGAAGCCGAACGCAAUAUCUUGUCCAACGACGAGUGCCAAAAGGCGUUGGAACAUGACUUCGAAGCCCUCGAAUCCGUGGUGUGUACUACUAGCGGCAAGGGCCCGUGCGAUGGCGACAUUGGCGCACCGUUGAUCAUCGUCCGCGACGGUGUCGAGUACGUUGCCGGUGUGUCGAUAUCGGAGUAUACUUGCGCGGACAUUAAGCUCCCUAGUGUGUACUCGCGCGUGUCGGCCGCCCGCGAGUUCAUCAAACCAUUCUUGGCUGACACCCUCCCCCAAACCCCAAGCCUGCUUGCUAAGUAG